AUGACGUCUCCUACCCAACGCCGCCAUCGCGGUUCGACCGACGAAUAUGGCCACGGUGUUUUUGACGAUGCCAAAACGUACUACACCUCAGAUGAGCGUCAUGUUAACCGAGCUGGCCCUCGAACUCGAACAUACUCUCAGAACAGCUUGCUCAAGCAAAUCGAGCGCCUGGGACUUCGUGAGCCCUUUCGUCGCGGCAGUCAUGCUAAUAUGCUGACUACGAUUCCUGUAGACGAAUCGACCAUUCCCCAUAACCGAAAGUUUCUCAUCCAGGUAGACGAGACUCUGGAGAACUUGCAAGCUCAGGAAGACACCGAUGGAAACAUGCAGAUCACCAUUGAGGACAAUGGUCCCAAGGUGCUAUCUUUGAGAACCGCCGCUUCCGCUGGCCACAAUCGAUUCGACGUUCGAGGAACAUACAUGCUCUCCAACCUUCUGCAGGAACUUUCACUUGCAAAAGAGUAUGGCCGAAAGCAGAUCAUCCUUGACGAGGGUCGAUUGAACGAGAACCCAGUCAACCGCCUAUCUCGACUCAUCCGCGACCAUUUCUGGGAGGGAUUGACCAGAAGAAUUGAUGCCUCAAGUGUGGAGAUUGCGGCAAGAGAUCCCAAAGACUGGACGGACGACCCGCGCCCCCGUAUUUACAUCCCGGUUGGCGCUCCAGAGCAGUUUGACUUCUAUACCAAGGUGGCCAAAGAUAGGCCAGAGAUCCGUCUGGAUGUUCAGAAGCUCCCCGAGAUUAUCACUCCUGAGCUUGUCCGCGACAUGAAUGCAAAGCCAGGUCUUCUCGCCGUCGAGAUGGAAAAGAUCAAGGAUCCCAAAACUGGCGAGGACACUUUGAGGGGCCUUCCCUUUGUUGUGCCGGGUGGACGCUUCAACGAACUCUAUGGCUGGGACAGCUACAUGGAGUCUCUUGGCCUCCUUGUGAACGACAAGGUUCACCUCGCUAAGUCUAUGGUGCAGAACUUCUGUUUCUGUAUCCGCCAUUAUGGCAAGAUUUUGAACGCUACUCGUUCGUACUAUCUGUGCCGUUCUCAGCCUCCUUUCCUUACCGAUAUGGCUCUCCGCGUCUACGAGAAGAUUAAGCAUGAACCCGACGCCAAGGAGUUCCUGCGAACUGCCAUACUAGCCGCUAUUAAAGAAUACCACAGUGUAUGGGUUGCUGAGCCGCGUCUGGAUCCUGUGACGGGUCUUUCGCGUUACCGACCUGAGGGCUUGGGUGUUCCGCCUGAGACUGAAGCUGGCCACUUCGUUCACAUCCUGGAGCCGUAUGCCGAGAAGCAUGGCAUUACGUGGCAGGAAUUUGUACAGGCUUACAACAAGGGCGAGAUAAAGGAGCCUGAGCUGGACGAGUAUUUCAUGCAUGAUCGAGCUGUACGUGAAUCCGGUCACGAUACAACCUACCGAUUCGAGGGAAUAUGUGCCAAUCUUGCAACUAUCGACUUGAAUUCGCUUCUUUUCAAGUAUGAGACGGACAUUGGCCGUACAAUCCGCACUGUCUUCGACGAUAAGCUCGUUAUUCCCGAAGAGUUUGCUGUUGGUUCUGUCAAGGGAGGCGACGUGGUGACGUCGGCAAUCUGGGACCGCCGCGCGAAGCGCAGAAAGCUUGCCAUUGACAAGUACCUAUGGAACGAGAAGGAGGGUAUGUACUUCGACUAUGACACUGCCAAGAAGGAGCAGUGCUCAUACGAAAGUUGCACUACCUUCUGGGCCCUAUGGGCAGGUGUGUCCACGCCCAAGCAAGCCGCAGACAUGGUUCACAAGGCCUUGCCCAAAUUUGAGGCCUUUGGUGGCCUUCUAUCGGGUACGGAGGAAUCUCGUGGUGAGAUUGGAUUGGAGAGACCCAACCGUCAGUGGGACUACCCAUACGGCUGGGCUCCACAGCAGAUGCUUGCCUGGACCGGUCUGGUCCGAUAUAGCUUCACUGAAGAGGCCGAACGCUUGGCGUACAAGUGGUUGUUCAUGAUCACUAAGGCCUUUGUUGACUUCAACGGAGUCGUCGUUGAGAAAUACGACGUAACUCGACCCAUCGACCCUCACAGAGUCGACGCAGAGUAUGGCAACCAGGGCCUUGACUUCAAGGGUGUUGCGAAGGAAGGAUUCGGAUGGGUCAACGCCAGUUACGUCUAUGGACUGCAAAUUGUUAACGCACACAUGAGACGCGCCUUGGGAACACUCACCCCAUACGAGACCUUUGUCAAGGCUAUCGAACAGAACAACGAAAGAUCUCUUGCAGAACUUUCUUGA